AUUAAUUUCUAAGACUAAGCGGCAGAAGAAUACAUAACGGAAGAAGAAGUUAAGAUUUGUGUUUAUGAAAAAGAAGAGAAAAUACGUGACGUAGUGUUUUUUUGAGGAACACACAACGUUGUAUUUUGCUAUAAAAACAGAGAAACAAAACACGUUUGUUUGUGGCAUAGGUACUGCACUGCACUCCGCGAUUUUCGCUUCCCGCUCCUUUCGUCAACUAAUAACUCUCUAAUCUUCAUCAACAAAAAACACAAGAACAUCAUCCUGUUUUUUCUGAAUUUUGCAAUGCCAGACAUGAAGUCAUCACCUGUUCGGACGGUUUUGGUUGCUGAUUCAAAGAGUAAAAAAUCAUGUUUAUAUGCAAUUUUUCCAGCGGCACUUUUAGCAUUUGUUGUUUUGUUUUUGACAAGUUCAUUAUACUCACAAAACUACAAAGAGAAACUAUCAAACUUCAAAAUCGAUGUAGAUAAUACUAUGGAAACUCUUGUUCAAAAAAAUACUAUGGAAACUAAUGAUAAAUGCAAGAAGCAAUGCAGGCCUAGUGGAAGUGAGGCUUUACCUGAAGGUAUAAUCUCAAGUACUUCUAGUUUCGAGAUGAGAGCUUUAUGGGAACUUGCAAGGUCGAAGAAGGUUCAUAAUGAUGUCGUUGUUAAGGUAAAUGCAUCAUCGAACUUGUUUGCAAUGGCGGUGGGGAUAAAGCAGAAAGAUCUAGUUAACAAGAUGGUCAAGAAGUUUCUAGAAAGUAAUUUCAUUGUGAUGCUUUUCCAUUAUGAUGGGAUGGUCGACGGAUGGAAGAUAUUCGAAUGGAGUCAUCGUGUUAUUCAUAUAUCGGUACCUGACCAAACCAAAUGGUGGUUUGCGAAGCGUUUCUUACACCCCGACAUAGUUGCAGAAUAUGAUUAUAUUUUCCUUUGGGACGAGGACCUAGGAGUUGAAAAUUUCCACCCUGAUAAGUAUAUAUCGAUUGUUAAAGAAGAAGGGCUUGAGAUAUCACAACCAGCACUUGAUCCAAAACUUUCAGAAGUUCAUCAUCAGAUUACUGCGCGUGGUAGGAGAUCAAUAGUGCACAGGAGAACAUAUAAACCGGCUAAUGGUGGGAAAGGCUGUGACGAAAGUAGCACUGCUCCUCCAUGCACAGGGUGGAUCGAAGUGAUGGCUCCUGUUUUUUCAAAAGCUGCAUGGCGUUGUGUUUGGUACAUGAUUCAGAAUGACUUGGUUCAUGCAUGGGGUCUAGAUAUGCAGCUCGGUUACUGCUCUCAGGGCGAUCGAACAAAAAAUGUUGGUGUUGUUGAUGCUGAAUACAUUGUCCACUACAAUCGUCCUACUCUUGGAGGCAUAGAUAAGAAGACUGCGGAAGAAAAUGUUUCAGUUUCAUCUCAGGAAAAAGAGGAUCACAGAGUUGAUGUAAGGAGGCUAUCAUACCAUGAAUUAGAUAUUUUCAAAAAACGUUGGGAAAAGGCAGUUGAGGAGGAUAAAUGUUGGGUGGAUCCAUUUGAACAGCAUUGAUAGAUGAUAUAGUCAAAGUUGUGUAAAAUUGUAUAUAAAAAAAAGAAAAGACAAAAACACAUCAUUUAUGUGAAGUGAAGAAAAUGCAUGCAACUCACAGCUACAGCAAUUGAUCAUAGUUGAGAUAGAGAGACUUUGGAGGGUACCUCAAGGGUGGAUUUGUUCAAUAUUUGGUCACCUUUUUAUUCAAUAAGGUUUGAAGCAAAAUAAAUUAAGAGAUGGUUAGAUAUGAUUAGAGAUGGUUAGAAAGUUAAAAGUGAGGUUCUUUUAAGUUGUUUUUUUCUUUUGAGAAAAAAACAGCUUAGAGUCAUCUAAUUAUUUUAUUUGAUAAACUAGUUGAUGUCAAGGACAGCUCAAAUGAAUAUGAAGAUUGUGAUUAUUGGUUUCAUUACUUUAUUUAUUUUCUUGGCGUCUGGUCA